UGGCCCUGGCCCACCACCACCACCACCACCGCCUCCAACACGACGCUCCCUAUAUUCCCCUUUCUCCUCUAUUCCCUUAACAAAUCCCCCCUUUACCCUAUCGAUUCCAAUUCCUCUCUCCGGCGAGGUCUCCGGACCCCCGGCGGUGCAUCACAUGUCGGAUUCCGCCGACCACCGCCCACCGCCUUCAUCCUUAACACGCCCUUUCCCACUCUACAAGCAGCUCUCCUGGUCGCCUGAUGCUGACCGUGAGGAAGCCUGGCUCCGCCGCAAAACCCAAAGCAAGAUGCGCCGGAGUAAGAGCGUGACCGACGACGACCUCGAAGAACUCAAGGCCUGCGUCGAGUUGGGUUUUGGAUUCAACUCACCGGAGGUGGACCCUCGACUCUGUGAAACUUUUCCAGCGUUGGGAUUUUACCACGCUGUCAACAAGCAGUACAAUCGCACUCUCUCGAACUCGUCGGCGUCUCUCUGCUCUUCCCCUGUUUCUGACUCUGUUUCUCCCUCUUCUGUAAACAGCCCCGCCGCCAUAAUCAGUUACGGGGAGAAUCCGCAGACGGUGAAAGCAAGGCUGAAACAAUGGGCGCAGGUGGUUGCUUGUUCAGUACGGCAGUAUUGAUUCUUGCUAAUCAAUUUCAUCACCAUAUUUGUAUUCUGUUUUCUUUUUUCCUUCUAGGACUUUCGUUUCUGACUUGGUACAAAUUCUGAUCAACACAUAUACAUUUAAUCUUCAAUUAGCCAAGUUCCUUACUUUUUGUUUA